UCCUAUCUACGUCCUCUCCCUUCCUCUCCAUCUCCAGUUAUGUCUACUUCCUCCUUCGCUACGGAAGAGGAAGACAACUCCUUAUCGCUCUCAUCCCCUUCUGCUUCUCUUACUCCGUCCUCAUCGCCAUCGCCAUGAGUUUUCUCACUGAGCGGGCUCUCGGCGAUCACAUGCUGGCGCCACGUGGCGACAUCUCGGCAAUUUGGCAAGUUCAACAUCCGCGAUUCAGUCUGGACCUCCUACGGCUCGCGCAGUUCUUCAGCACUGCUGGGGUAUACGCAGCGGCAAAGUUCCUAUUCACCGACCAUCAUCAAGCGAUCUUACUGGUAGAGGCGACGACGGUUCGAUGGCUGUCAGCACUAGGAGUUAGCCACGUAUCCACCGUCGUCAUCUUCAGCGGUAACAUUAGCGGGAUCAGCCCUCUGCGACACACGCCCCUCCGGACGUCACUAAGGGAGUGGGGUCAGCAGCUGGCAGCAAAGUGGAAUCAGUGGCUUACGCGCCGCCGUGAUAAUCUUGUCCCCGUGGACGACAUCGAAGUCGGAGGACUCUGGACGUCUCGACAUGAGCUCGCGGUGUGGUCGGCUUGCCUUGAGGAGGUUGCGGGCAAAAACAACCCGCCAUCGCAACAACCAUAUCUGGAUCCCCAGGGGAUAAUCAACCUCGCUUUCUUUCAGCAUCGAACGGCCUCCGAAGACGAAGCGAUAACACCAGAGGAGGAGGAGGAAAUGGACGAAGAGGGAGGCGACGAGGAAGAAGAAGAGGAAACCCCAGAAGAGGGAAGUUACAAUGAGCACAACGAGGGAGAGCAGAGCGACAACGAGGAAGAAGAAGACGAGGUGGAAGAAGAGGCAUCUGAGUGGGAAACCUUGGGAGAAGAGGCGGAAGCCGCGGAGGAGGAUCCCGAGGCGGCACGGAAGAGAGAAGAAAUCGCCGCCGGCAAGCAGCAGCUGGAGUACGCAAGCGAGGUGGAUCUGCCAAUCUCAAACGAUCCAGCUAAGGAUCCAGAGCCGCCUAAGCCAGAAGAUGGGGACCUUGCUGCCGAGACUUCGAGCGCACCGGCCAAGUGACGACGAAGCCGAUCCCCCUCUCCCUCCACCUCAGCCCGUCCACCAGUUCG